AUGUUGAAGGCCAGUGAUAUCGCCCAGCACAACACUCGAGAGUCCUGCUGGGUGAUCAUUCAAGGCCAGGUGUACGAUGUGACCGAUUUCCUGGAGGAACAUCCGGGCGGCUCCAGCAUCAUUCUACGUUAUGGUGGCAAGGAUGCCACGGAGGAAUAUCUGCCAGUUCAUCCGCCAGGGACGAUUGAGAAAGAACUUCCACCUGACAAGCAUUUGGGCGAAUUGGAUCCCCAGUCGGUCGGAGGCGUUGCUGUCACAAAGUCAAAGCCUGAGGCAGCUACCACGUCGAUACCCUUGGAUCUUUGUCUCUGUCUCGAUGACUUUGAAAAAGCAGCCAAGGCCGUGCUCAGUAAACGGGCCUGGACGUAUUAUUCAUCCGCCUCGGAGAAUCUACACUCGUUCAGGCUGAACCGUCAAGACUGGGAACGAAUCUUGUUCCGACCUCGCGUGCUCAGGAAUGUUCAGCGCGUGAACAUGCAGCGCAAGCUUCUCGGACACCACAGCAACCUUCCGUUGUUCAUCGCGCCAGCAGCCCUGGCCAGACUUGGGCACCCAGAUGGUGAGCUGUGCUUGUCUCGCGGAGCCUCAGCCUAUAACAUACCCUUUGUCGUCAGCAAUGCCGCGUCGGUCUCUAUGGAGGAUCUCGCCGAGAGCAUGCAGGGGGCGAAAGGAAGGGGCUGUCUCUGUCUCCAGCUGUAUGUCAAAAAGAAGAAGAGCGAGACAUUAGCGUCCAUCGUCCGUGCGAAACAGCUGGGCUUCACCGCUCUGCUUGUGACCGUCGACACGCCGGUGGUGGGUAAACGCGAGGACGACGAUAGGUACAAGGCCGAACAGGCGCUGGAGACACAAGGCCCGAGGCCUCCUCCUCCCGUGACGGCAGAAGGCAUACAGCAGAGCUUACAACGGUCAUCUACCGACGAGGUGUUUGUGCUCCGAGGCCCCUACUCCUCUACGCUGGACUGGAAUGAGCUCGCGUGGAUACGGGAGGCCUGGGGAGACGACGAGUCGUUCGGGCUCAAAGGCAUCGCCACAGCCGAAGAUGCGCAUCUAGCUUGCGAGAGUGGCAUCAAGCGCAUCUACCUCAGCAACCAUGGCGGACGGCAACUUGACUCGGCCCCGAGUGCGCUGAGGACGCUGUUGGAGAUCCGGAAUCUGUGUCCUCACGUCCUGCAGCAAUGCGAGGUGCUGGUGGACGGCGGCGUCAGCCGGGCAACUGAUAUAAUCAAAGCGUUGUGUCUGGGGGCGAGAGGGGUUGGACUAGGGCGACCUUUUCUGUACGCCCUAAGUGCACACGGCACAGCAGGAGUGUGCAAGGCCAUUCAGAUAUUGAGCGAUGAGUUAGAGACAUCGAUGCGCCUGUUAGGCGUGGUUGACCUCGACCACCUGGGACCACACCUGGUGAACACGAGAGAGCUGGAUCCGUUCAUCUUACCACCGGGCCCAGCUCUCCACCCCAGGCAGUCGCGAAUAUGA